GGAAGAGAUAAACGUUUAAACAAAUAAAACAAAACUUGAUCAUUCUACCGAAAUUCAGAUGAUUGGGUAGCCAAUCGAAUCCUUCAUCAAUUUUCCCAUGCUCUACGAAACCCUUUGAACUGGUUUACGCUCUUUAAAACCCCGUAAUCGUUGUUACUAUUAUCUUCAAAGAAAAAGACUUAGCUAGCCAGUUGAUUUGUUGUGUCUCUCGAGUUAGUUAUGGAGACUCCUCCUUCACCAUCCUAUGUUGUGAUAGCAUAUGAUGCAACUAAGGAACGAGGUCAAGAUGAGCUUAAGGUCACUGUGAAUAGAAUCAGACUGAGAGGAGACAUUCUUCGUGGAGGUGAUACCCUUCUUGUGCUUGGCGUUUUGCAUAGGGUCACUCACCCCUUGGGUUACCAAGCCAAAGCAUGUACCGGAAACUUUGGAACGAGUGUUCGUGCUAUGGAGGAAGAAGUUAAAAAGAAAGCAGAUGCAUUUGCUAAAAUGCUUCUUCAUAGUGCUGACGCGUUUGAAGAUGAAGGGGUCAAUAUUGAAGUUAAAAUUACUGCUGGGACUCCCCUUAAGAAGGUUAUACUGCAAGAGGUUUUAGCGUGUAAAACAACUUGGGUCGUACUUGAUAGGCACCUUAAGAGGGAUCUGAGGUAUUAUCUUAAACAAAUACCUUCGAAGGUUGCAAUGAUUACAGAUACCUUGGCUGUGGAAGUUUUUAGGUCUCAUGCAACAAAUGAAAGAGGUGCACCUAUAGAGCACAACUUGCUUUACUCCUUCUCAAAGCCAGUUCCCCGUCGUGAAAAUGUUGAUCAGCAGUCUAUCUCUAUCAAAAGCUAUUCUCAUGAAAUCUACAGCUCCGAGGACAGCAAUAUGAUGUCUUCAUCCAGUUAUGGUUUACCGGAGCAAUAUUACUUUCCAUUUGAUUCUGGCGCUCACUCUAAGCAAGAAAAAUCAGGCGUGAAUAAUAAAGAAGAGCAUAAACUUUCGUCAACUUCUCAGAGGAUAAAAAUUUCACAGAAUAAGAAUCUCUUGCGAAAGAGAUCCUCAGGAGUUCCUAUUCUUUGUGCUGCAUGUGGGCUGAGGACUGAGUUGUAUAUCAAGGAUUCUAUUAAGUACAGUUUUCCCGACGUUCAUCUUGCAACAAAUGAUUUAUCAGAGGAAUAUGAUUUAAUUCGAGAGGGUGGAUUUGGUAUAUCGAAACCCACAAGACUACCCCUCUGAUGUUCCUUUAUAGACAGAGUAAAUGCGAAGAAAUUAAGACUGCAAGUCAAAAUCCAAUA